AUGUCUCAAAAGUCAUGCCUUCCCAAUAACUUUUGGGCUUGUCGCACAAUCUAUCUUUUCAAAAAAUCACCAAAAAAAAAUUUUCAUUCAUCACAAUUUUUCAAACUCUUUCACUCGAGUUUUAUGAUCAGACGACUACUCAUGACAGCCGCCAAACCAAAGAAAGGAAAAGCUCAAGACUUUGUAUUGAAAACCCCAAAGGGAACCAAAGACUGGGCCGAUAAAGACAUGGUUCUCAGAGAGGCCAUCUUUGGCACCCUCUCCUCCCUCUUCAAGAAACACGGGGGAGUUACUAUCGACACACCAGUAUUCGAAUUACGAGAAAUCCUUACCGGGAAAUACGGUGAAGACUCAAAACUCAUCUACAACUUAGAAGACCAAGGCGGAGAACUCACUUCAUUGAGAUACGACUUGACUGUUCCAUUUGCCAGAUUCGUCGCUUGCAACAACAUUGCUGCCAUCAAGCGUUACCACAUUGCCAAAGUCUAUAGAAGAGACCAGCCUGCCAUGACCAAAGGAAGAAUGAGAGAAUUCUACCAGUGUGAUUUUGAUAUUGCCGGAAACUACGACACCAUGGUCCCCGAUUCAGAAAUUUUGGCAUUAUUAUGUGAUGGAUUAAACGGGUUAGGUAUCACCGACUUUAAGGUCAAACUCAACCACAGAAAGAUUUUGGAUGGUAUUUUCCAAGCAUGUGGGGUCAAAGAUGAAGACGUGAGAAAGGUCUCUUCCGCAGUCGACAAGCUCGACAAAUCGCCAUGGGAAGUUGUCAAGAAAGAAAUGGUCGUUGAAAAAAACCAACCACCAGAAGUGGCCGACAAGAUCGGCGAGUUUGUCAAACACAACGGAUCAAUACGUGAGGUAUUAGAGUUUUUGCAGGCCAGCGACAUCCUCAAAUCCAACGAUUCUGCUCAAUCUGGGAUCGCCGAAAUGCUGAUUUUGGCUGACUACGUUGACGCCUUUGAUAUUGGCGAGUACUUGUCAUUCGACUUGUCCUUGGCCAGGGGAUUGGACUACUAUACAGGGUUGAUCUACGAAGCUGUUACUGCCGCUUCAGCCCCUCCUGCAAACGCUACUGAAUUAAAAGCCAAGUCCAACGACGAAGACGCUUCGGCGUAUGUGGGUGUUGGUUCAAUCGCUGCUGGUGGCCGUUACGACAAUUUGGUGGGCAUGUUCUCCAACGGAAAGUCCAUCCCCUGUGUUGGAGUCUCCUUCGGUGUUGAAAGACUCUUUUCCAUCAUCAAAAACAGAACAGAUCUUACCUCCAUUUCUGCCAACCACACGGAUGUCUUUGUUAUGGCAUUUGGCGGUGGCGAAGGCUGGAACGGGUUCUUGAAAGAAAGAAUGGAAAUCACAAACACGUUAUGGAAGGCCGGCAUCAACGCGGAGUAUUUGUACAAGUCCAAAGCCAAUAUCCGUAAACAAUUCGAUGCCGCUGAAAAGGCCGGAGCAAAAUUGGCGGUCAUUCUCGGUAAAGAAGAGUACCCCCAGGGCCAAUUAAGAAUCAAGGUAUUAGGCCAGGGCCAAGAAAACGAAGGUGAGUUGGUCAACAAAAAAGAGUUGAUCGAUGCUGUCCAAUCACACCUUACUGACGUCGAUUCUAUCUCUCGCAUAAUAAAAGGUCUCUAA